AUGUCUGGCCUUGAGGCCCUCGGUGUCGCGGCCAGUAUCAUACAGGUCGCAGACUUGGGCACUAAAUUAUCCGUCAAACUAUUCUCCUUCUACCGCCAGGUCAAAAAUGCCAACGAGUCUAUACAGCUCUUGUCAAACGAGGUCGCACUAAUUAGCGCCAUUUUGCGUGAACUUGGCGACAACUUGAAAGCGGAGGAGUCGGCCAAGCUCUGUUCAGACGAGGCAUUUCGAACACUGGAGCUUGUCCUAGACCAGUGUCGCGAUGUGCUUAGACAAAUUGAAAGAGUUGUUGGUAUUAAUGAUCACUCCGGCAAGACCCGUUUGCAACAGGUCACUGGGAAGUUUCGACUAGUUCUGCUAGAACCGAGCCUGGAUCCGCUGAAAACCAACCUGGAAAGGCUGAAGUCGACAAUGCUUCUUCUGCUCAAUGUCAUCAUGUUUGUGGGGCAAGUUCGCAACCACAAUAUGUCAAUCCUUCAAGAGCAGCGUGCCUUGAUAGAGACACUUUUGCAAGAGAAAGAAGAGGACGGCGGGGAUCCAAUUUUACCAAAACACAACCAGGGUCAGCAGAGGCCCGACUUGAAAAUGAUCCAAAAUCCCUCAAACGCAAAUCCGUAUCCGAUAAAUGAGUCUGGUGAGGUGGAGGAGUACAACGCGCUUAUUCGAAAAAUGCUCCGCGAAAUUGAUUUCUGCAAAUCAAAACUUGAAAAUAGCCGCCAUUCAAGGAUAAGGAAAGGUGUUUUGAGUAUACAUGAUAGCGAAAUCAUUCGAUUUCAGCUCACUUACGGACAUUCUGUUCUCCAUCAUUUUGACAAAUCACUUCAACAAUACAUCCCGGGGUCCGCGGCUUCCGGGAUGCAACAAUCGGGCCAGCCACGUCCUAUGAACGUACCACAACCUCCUCCACCUCGAAAUCCCGUACCGACGCCACCUCCCAUGAGAACACCUGGAGGAGCGGCUUAUGGGGGCCAUACGCAAUUCCAAUCACAUUGGAUACCCCUCCGCCGCCUCCGAUGA